AUGUCGCUCAAGAUACAAAUACCAGUCAACCUUUUACUUCUUCUUGGAGGAUAUCCUCGCGAGUAUAAGAAAAGUGCAUCUGCAUGGAAAUAUCCGACAAGGGGCGUUACAUACACCACAUCACAGCAAUUUCCAGCAGGGGAGAGCGAUAAAAGUAAUGACAUGCCUAAGUCAAGGAAAGGGAAAAAAGAAAAUGGAAGAAAAUUGUGGGAGAAAGGAAGCAUGGAGGAAGCAGUGGCAACAGUUAGGGAUGGUAGAAUGGGGUAUUUAAAAGCAGCAAAACAAUUUAAUGUGCCACGAAGCACCCUUUUCCGGUUAUGUAAACAACACGGAGAGCCAGCUCCGGUGUGUGACACACGGUUAGGACGAAAACCAGUCCUCUCAAUCGAGUUAGAAAAUGAACUUGCAGAUUAUUUGCUUGAUAUGGACAAUCGUUUCUUUGGGUUGACAAGAACAGAUGUUCGCAGAAUGGCAUACCAACUUGCAGUUGCGAAUGGCAUCGAGCACAGAUUUUCUGAACACCUCGGGCAAGCAGGGAGGAAAUGGUUAAAGGCAUUUUUGAAAAGACAUUCAAACUUAACACUCAAAAAACCUACCGGGACAUCAUUCGCCAGAGUAGCAGGAUUCAACAAAGCAAAUGUUAAUGCAUUUUUCGAUCUUCUGGAAGCCGAAAUGGAGAAAGUCCAUUAUCCUGCAGAUAGGGUAUUCAAUGUUGACGAGACGGGUUUGACGGUGGUACAAUCAAGGUGCAGCGAAGUAAUUUCUUUAAAGGGUAAGCGACAAGUGGGAGCGCUAACAUCCGCUGAACGUGGUUCAUUAGUGACGGUUAUCAUGUGCAUGAAUACUGCUGGUACAUUUAUACCACCAAUGAUAAUAUAUCCCAGAAAAAAUAUGAAUGUUCAGCUUCAAAAAGGAGCACCUCCAGGCUCUCUAUUCGCAUGCCAUCCAUCCGGAUGGAUCCAAACACAUUUGUUCACAGAAUGGUUUCACCACUUUCUUACUAAAGUGAAACCAUCAAGGGAUGAACCGGCUCGUCUAAUUUUAGAUGGGCAUAACACACACACUCGAAAUUUAGAGUUCUUGCGCUUAGCAAAACAGAAUGGGGUAACCAUAAUAUGUCUGCCUCCUCAUACCACCCAUAAACUGCAGCCAUUAGACAAAAGUGUUAUGGGUGCACUCAAGGCCCAUUACAAUGAGGAGGUUCGUGUAUUCAUGCGAACCUAUAAACGUCCCAUCACACAGUAUGAUAUCACAGAAAUCUUCAGCAGGGCCUAUCUUAAGAUACAGUGUGGUUCCAAUGCUGUUAAAGGAUUCGAGACGACAGGGCUAUAUCCGGUCCGCAGGAAUAAUUUCGACGAAUCUGAUUUUCUGAAAGCUGCACAAGAAGGCUCUGAUGACGAAUCUACCGCUGCAGUACCUGAACAAUCUGAGACUAACACGGCAACAAAUCCCACAGUAAUUGAGCAACUGUACGGUAGACCGAAUACCCCAGCGGUAGAAACGCACGUGACCCCACAUGACAUUUUACCACUUCCCAAAUUGCAACAAGAAAAAGGGACACGAGGAAGGAAACCCGGUCAGGCCAAAAUUAUCACGUCUUCUCCCUACCUUAAAGAAUUGGAGACAUCAUUGAACGUUUCUAAGGAAAAAGUUGAAGCAGUCAAACGAAAACUUGGGGCCCCCAAAAAAUCUAGGAAAGUUCAACCAUGCCCUCAACGUGAAACCGAAAGUACUCAGCCAAGCACAAGCGGGCUGCAUUUAGUGGCCUCCAAACAGAAGGCGAGGAAUAAGAGAAGGUCAUCAAGUUCUACUUCUUCAGAAAAAUCUGAAGCACUGCAUUAUCAAGAUUCCUCCUGUGAUGAACUGACUCAAGAAACUACAGUAGAUCCUGACGAGGAUGCCAUAUGCGGAUAUUGUGAUGGGAAAUUUUCUGAAGACCAAAGGGGCGAAAUUUGGAUACAAUGCAUAUUGUGCCUUCAGUGGUUCCACGAACAGUGUUCUGGGGCAUACCGAAGCAAAUUUGUGUGCGAUUUUUGCAAGAAACAAAAUGUUAUCCAUCAUGACGACUACAGUUAUAAGCAGGUUAAGCUAGAAAGGAGGUGCCUUUUGUUGAUCGUGGGAGAAAUUAUACUCACCAAUAUACUGGCUCAGUAUCUGUAUUUAUUAGUUCUUUCCGAUAUUGACAGAGCUCAAAAUGGAAACAGCGUAUCUAAACAGAAUCCUCAAGAAUAA